UAAAUAAAACGCACACCAUAGAAGAAUGAAGAAUGGUGCAACUGCAAUCAGUAAAAUCGCUGACCAAUGCAAAAGGACUCUCUCUCUCUCUCUGGUCUAAACAUAGGCAGCAGCAAGAAAAUUUAUGUUGGUUUUGAAUAAGUUUGAAUUGCGGAAUCUUUAAUCUGCCAAAUAUUGAAUGCUAUUUAUUCCACAUUUACCAUAAUUUUAGUGUAGCAGUCAGUCAUUGGUUUUGGUGGGCUACUUGCUUCUCUCUCCAAUUCCAAUGGCUUCCUCUUCCUCCCAAUUCCUCUGCACUCACAAUCCUAAACCACAUUUCAAUUCAUUCACCAACGCCACUCUUCCUCAAUUUUCUUCCUUUAAGCCAAAUGGCUCCUCGUCUUUACGCAAAAAGAUUCAGUCUUCAAGAAUCCAUCUUAUCAGAGCGACGGCUUCUGAUUCCACCACCGGCAGAAAACAACUAGAGGUGGUAUAUGAUCUUGAGAAUAAGUUAAAUAAGUUAGCUGAUGAAGUGGAUAGGGAUGCUGGGAUUUCAAGACUCACUCUUUUUUCGCCUUGCAAGAUUAACGUUUUCCUAAGAAUAACUGGUAAGCGAGCAGAUGGAUUCCAUGAUUUGGCAUCUCUUUUUCAUGUUAUCAGCCUAGGAGAUAAAAUAAAGUUCUCAUUGUCCCCAUCAAAAUCAACGGAUCGUUUGUCAACCAAUGUGCCCGGAGUUCCUCUUGACGAGAGAAAUUUGAUAAUAAAGGCUCUUAAUCUCUUCAGGAAAAAGACAGGGAUUGACAACUACUUUUGGAUUCAUCUUGAUAAGAAAGUACCAACGGGCGCUGGCCUUGGUGGUGGCAGCAGUAAUGCUGCUACUGCUUUGUGGGCAGCAAAUCAGUUUAGUGGUUGCGUUGCUAGUGAAAAGGAUCUCCAAGAGUGGUCGGGUGAGAUUGGCUCUGAUAUCCCCUUCUUCUUUUCUCAUGGUGCUGCAUAUUGUACGGGUAGAGGAGAAGUCGUCGAAGAUAUUCCUCCACCUGUACCUCUUGAUCUUCCUAUGGUUCUCAUUAAGCCACAAGAGGCAUGCCCCACUGGUGAAGUUUACAAGCGUCUUCGGAUGAAUCAAACGAGCCAAAUUGAUCCUUUGGUGUUGCUAGAGAAGAUAUCAAAGGGUGGAAUCUCUCAGGACGUUUGCGUUAAUGAUCUUGAACCUCCUGCUUUUGAAGUCGUUCCAUCACUAAAAAGACUGAAACAGCGCAUAGCUGCAGCUGGUAGAGGACAGUAUGAUGCGGUCUUCAUGUCCGGAAGUGGGAGUACUAUUGUGGGCGUGGGUUCUCCCAAUCCACCUCAGUUUGUUUACGAUGAUGAUGAGUACAAAAACGUCUUUUUAUCAGACGCCAAAUUUAUCACACGCUCAGCUGAUCAAUGGUACUCGGAGCCUCUUUCAACUGAUGAAUCGACGUGCGAUGUUGAAUAGUCACCAAAUCCUUUCCUUCUCUUAAAAUAUGCAAAUUCAUCACCCUUUCCUAGUUUGUGAAAAUAGAAUAAACAUUCUACUACAUUUUAACCCUUGAUGAUUGCUCUUUACUUCAUUGUAAUAUUGUACUAGUUGAUAUAUGGAUUUGGGGGAAGAAUAAAAUAAAUAGAAGAUGACAUUAAAAGCAA